AUGACAUUUACUGGCUUAUUUUUCUUCUGUAUGCUGAUGAAAAUGCUAACAGACGCCCGAUCCAUCCAGGAUGGAGAUGAUCUCUACCAAGAAGCUGCAGCAUUGUCGUACUGGCCCUUCUCAUCCAAUGAUUUCUGGUCCUACGUGGAAUAUUUCCGGACCUUGGGAGCCUACGACAGGAUCAAUGACAUGGCCAGAGCCUUCUUUGCCCAGUUCCCUUUUGGGAGCCACCUUGGCUACCACGCGCACGACCACGAGCACUGA